UCAUAAACGCCCGCGAGCUCCCCUCUUUCCGCUCUCUCUCUCUCUCUCUUUCUUUUCGUCAACGCCAUCAAUCCAUCACUCUCUCUCUCUCUCUCUCAAACUCUCCGCCAAUUGCAGGGCGACCAGCUAUGACCAGCUCCUCCGCCACCUCCCGCAAGGCUCUGAGUAAGAUUGCGUCGAACCGCCUCCAGAAGGAGCUGGUGGAGUGGCAGGUCAAUCCUCCCGUGGGGUUCAAGCACAAAGUCACCGACAAUCUCCAGAGGUGGGUGAUUGAAGUGAAUGGAGCUCCGGGAACUCUGUAUGCUAACGAGACUUACCAGCUUCAGGUGGACUUCCCUGAGCAUUACCCCAUGGAAGCCCCCCAGGUCAUUUUUGUGCCUCCGGCUCCUCUUCAUCCUCAUAUAUACAGCAACGGCCAUAUUUGUUUAGACAUAUUGUACGAUUCUUGGUCCCCCGCUAUGACUGUCAGUUCCGUCUGUAUCAGCAUCCUGUCCAUGCUUUCUAGCUCAACUGUUAAGCAACGCCCGGAAGAUAACGAUCGUUAUGUGAAGAACUGUCGGAAUGGUAGGUCUCCUAAAGAGACCAGGUGGUGGUUUCAUGAUGAUAAAGUAUAACAACGAAGGUAUCUUCCUCUAGUAGUUGCUAAAGUACUAGGGUAGAGGGCAUCUCUUCAAAACAAAAAUGAGAAGGAAAAAAAAAACUGGUGAUUGGGUCAAAUGCUUAAUAACCCUCCUGUAAAGUGGCAAUGUCUGGCAUUUGUAAAGGAAGAGGAAGAUUUCUUGCUUAACUGUGUGCAGAACAAACUGAGGUCUUUGCAAUUCUCCGAAGGAAUGGUUGGUGCAGUUUCCAUGCACAAAUUUGAACCGGUGAUAUUAAUUAAUUACAGCUUCUUGAAAAA